AUGGUGGACCCAGCAAGUGGUGCUUUCUCAUUGACUUGUGUUAGUCUAGCUGUUGUGGAUCGAUACAUUUUGGUACGAACUCAAUAUUGUGCAAAGAUUACAUUAAAUCAAGCACGUUUAGCUAUUAUUCUUGCUGCAAUAUUUUGCCUAUUCGUCUACAGUGUCAUUCCAAUAACAGUACUUUCCGUUCUUUGCUGUUUAAUUUGGAAUACUGUUGGUCAAUUACCUGCAAUAUAUUUACAUGGUGGUAUUCGUUGA